ACCUGUCGUCGUGCGGCAUUUUGAUGACAAGAACCCCCAGAGUGCUUUGCGUUCAAGACUGGGACACGAUGACGGCUGUUCCUCAAAGCAGAAACUUCAUCAGUCUCACCAACAAAAGGAAGGAGUACUCCGAGCGCAGGAUCCUCGGGUUUUCCAUGCAGGAGAUGUACGAUGUGGUGGCCAAUGUUGACGAGUACAAGCUGUUUGUGCCCUGGUGUAAGAAGUCCCAGACCAUCAUGAAAAGAGCCGGACACUCGAAAGCACAACUUGAAGUGGGAUUCCCUCCGGUGGUGGAAAGAUACACAUCUAUGAUCAGUAGUGUCCGGCCUCAUCUAGUGAAGGCCGUGUGUACAGAUGGAAAGCUGUUCAAUCACCUGGAGACGAUAUGGCGCUUCAGUCCUGGCAUUCCCGGUUACCCUCGCACCUGCACGGUAGACUUUUCUAUUUCCUUUGAGUUCCGCUCUUUGCUGCACUCCCAGUUAGCCACCAUGUUCUUCGACGAGGUCGUAAAGCAGAAUGUCGCCGCGUUUGAGCGGCGAGCCUGUAAGCUCUACGGUCCAGAGACUCGCAUCCCACGAGAGCUGAUGUUUCACGAGGUGCAUCAGACGUGAUCUCGGCACCCGUAUGUCCUCAUCCGGCCUUAAAUCAUACCAACCUUUAUUUCCUUUAUCCACACGAACCUGCAUGAUGCUGCUUAGUCACCCAUCACGUCAAGUCUCCAUCGCAGCUCCCGAAGAUGUGUCACAUCCGACUCUUGUACGCAUUAUGUUGGAAUUGCUGCCUCAACAGGUUCUCGCUAAUCUCCUCCUCCUCCUUUCUGUCUACCUCCAACUUGAAGGGAUCCUUGUUUAGCGGAAGGACCUCACCAUUGCUCUUGCUCCAUGGCAGUUACAAGCUGUAUUUAUGUAAACAAACAGUAAACCAUUGCAACGUCACCAAUGGUAGAGAGUCGACUAUUAUUUUAAACAAACAGCACAGUGACACUCAACAAAUUUUUAACUGGGAUCUUCUAGUUUCACUGUGACCUGAAGGUUAUUUGCCACACUGACGCGUUCUCAAGUCACAGUGUGUCCAGUUUUUUUAGUUAACCAGUUACCUUCAGCACUUUGAUCAGCUGAUAAUACUGUGUUAGGAAAGCUUGUUCUUUGCCUUUACUUUUAUUAUUCACAUUUAUUUCAAAUUGAAGUUUCAUUGUAUCGUUUGACAUAUAGUAGUGAACUUGGUGCAAAACGAUAACUUAUUUCAUCCUUUUUAAUUUAUCCAUCAGUGGUUAUAUGCACAUUUUUACAGUUUUAUUGGGGUUCGGAUUAAAUGUGCCAUGUCUGGGAUGUUGAGAGAGUUUGCAAAAGGGGGGAAAAGGGUAAUUUCUUAUUUAGUCAGCUGUGCCCUCAAUUGGCUUUGAGGUUUGGGAAAUGUAUCUUUUAACUUGGCUGUUGUUGUGCUGUGAGGAUUGUGUGUUUGGACACCGAGACCUGGCCUGCCAAAUUUUAAUAAUGCCUUAUUUUACAGCCCAGCACUAGUAACUAUCCCAAGAUUACCAGAAGUUAACUUUGCACAAACGAGAGCACCUGAAUGACUCCACGGCCAGGCCGGAGAAUACUGUGAAAUACUUACAACAAGAAUGUCACAGAUCAUACAGGAUGUUCUGUACAUUUUGUAUUGAAUGAAAAUGUACUUUCAGAUGAUCACUGAAUGGUCUGCUUUAAAUAAUGGGACAUGUAUUGAUAGUAAUCUGAUUACUUUCAGGUUAUGUAAAAGUUUCCCUACUCUGCUUUUUGUAUUUUAUGGUCCAUCUUCUGAAGGUCACCAGGAGGAUGUUACUCCUCUGUACAUUGUGAGUAUAAAAUACAUUGCUGGGCUGUAGAAUAAAACAUUAUCGAUGUUA